AUGAGAAACUUACCUGCGCUUGUUCGUGAGAAAUUUCAAGCAGCUCAAACUGCUGGUGAUAUCACCUAUUUCCCAACUCAAUUGGUCAUUUUGAAUUGUAAUUCAUUGCCAUUUCAAUUACGGUAUUCUCCUGCCCUGGCACAUAAGCCCAAGUCCGAUAAACCUAAAGAUACCUCCCAAAAGUCAUUUGAUCCAUUUCUAAAACCUCCCAAGUCGUUGCUAGUUGCGGAGAUUGGCUCGCACAACAUCGUACUCAAUAAAUAUCCCGUCAUACCGGAUCAUUUCAUUCUUGCAACAAAAGAGUUCAAGAAACAAACAUACUUGCUGGAAGAGGCAGAUCUUGUGGCAGCAUACGACUGUUUGAAAUCUUACCAUGCAGGAGGAGAAGAAUUGUUCGGUUUCUUCAACUCAGGAGACCAUUCUGGAGCAUCACAGCCUCACAGGCACAUACAAUUCCUCCCGGUCGAAUCCAUGAGGACAGGAUUAGGUCAAGAGCUGGAAUGGUCUCCAUUGGCAGACCAUCUCGCCGAGAUACCUGCACCUGAGCUACCAUUCACAUAUUUCGCCGCAACUCUCCCAAUUAAUAUUCGUCCCUCGGAUUUACACGCCAUCUACAUCGAUUUACACCAGAAAGCUUGCCAACUGAUGAAAGUCAAAUCUCCUGCGAACCAUAAGAGUGAAUCGACUAUCAGCUACAACCUUGGACUUACCGAUAGAUCAAUUGUGCUGUGCCCACGAACAUCAGAAGGACUUUCCAUUAAGGAUAGCGAGGGCAAUACCAUUGGAUAUAUUGCUCUGAACGGAACUCUCCUAGCAGGUACCCUAUUGGUGAAGAGUGAGACUGAGUGGGAUGCUGUGCGUAAGAAUGCGGAACUUCUUGUUGAUGUCCUGAAGACAAUUGGAGUCCCUCGGAACAUAAUCGAUCAUCAAUAUCGACCUUCUGCCUCCUUUGACAAACUAAUAGAGGGAAAGAUAUAG